AUGCCGCUGGAGACUAUAAUAGCUUUAGAGAGGCGCCUGGUGCCAUUGGCAGCUGAGGUACCGAAGGUCGAUGUCGUCACCCGCCAUUUCUGUGCUAAAAAAAAGAUGUCGAGUACACCCGCGUCUAUCGUCAACGUGACUGCCUCCAUACUGGUCACCGGAAGUCACGUGAUUGGCGGGAUACUAGAAAAUGUGACACAUGCGAAGGAUCGCCAUGGAGACAGUGGUGGUGGGCACCAUGAUGACCACGUGGAGGUCGCGGACGACCAUCACGAGGAACACGUGGACGACCACCACGCCGUAUCCUACAUCCCGUGGAACAACCCCGACAAUGUCAUUACGGCAGCACAGCGUGACUUAGGCCUGACUGUCAUCGACUGUGGCUUCGUGCCACCAGUUGUGCUAUUCGGUCUGGUCGGGAACAUCAUCACCUUGAUGGUAUUCAUACGCCAGGGUAUCAAGGAGAAGACAAACAUCUGCCUCUUCGCUCUCGCUGUGUCAGAUACUAUGUUCCUGAUCACUACUUACAUGGAGAAGGUGUCAUGUCUCGUGACAAGGAUGGACGAGGUCACUGGCAACAAUUGGGCCGCACUACUUCAUCCGCAAGGGUACUUCAUCUCUGUGUACUUCGGUCGCGUCACCAGCCUUCUCACCAUGGUGAUCGGAAUGGAGAGAUGCGUGGCAGUUCUGAGGCCGUUUCAGGCGAAAAGGUGGUUGACAGCGACGCGGAUGAGAUCCUGCGUCAUCAGCGUCUAUGUCAUCAUUGCUCUGUUGAUCACACCCAUGUUCUGCGUGUACACGACUCGCUGGGAGUAUGACACAAGCAUCAACCGCACGCGCAUCCAUCUCCAGACAACCAUCAUGUUUGAAGAGAACCAUCGCGCCUUCGAAUGCUACGGUGACAUCGCUCUGAGCAUCGCAUUGCGGCAGAUCCCCUGUUACGUGGUUGCGUUAUCAACAAUCGCCGUCAUUUGUGCGAUUCGAAGGCACAAUUCAUGGCGAUCUGAAACCGGAACCGGAAAGAAGAAAUUCUCGGCGCAGGAGCAGAGGUUGACCAAGAUGCUCGUUGCCGUUUCUUGUCUGUACGUCUUGUGUCUGACUCCAGGAAAUAUUCUCAUGAUCGUUCGUCACGUGCUCACCGAUAUCCACGUAGGAAGGAAGAACCACAACCUCGCCGUCGUCCUCACCGCCGCCAACGUCUUCACAGAGAUCAUCAACUCCUCCUUCAACUUCGUCAUCUACAUGUUGAUGAGUCAGAAGUUUUUAGCCACAGCCAAGAAGAUGUUUGGCUGUGAGGAGACGGAAUCUAAACCUAUUCAACCUGACGAAUCUUCCUCCACAAAGACAACUGAGGUCCCCACAGUGGCGGAGGUUAUUGACGUUGAGGUGGAGGUGGUUGUUGAGGUGGAGGUGGUUGUUGAGGUGGAGGUGGCGGUGGUUGAGAUUGAAGUUGAGCUGGUGGUUGUUGAGGUUGAGGUUCAGUUAGUGGUAGUUGUUGAGGUUGAGGUUGAGGUGGUGGUGGUUAUUGAGGUGGGCUGGUUGUUGAGGAUUGAGUUUGUUGAGGUUGAGGUUGAGUUGGAUGUGGAGGUGGAGGUGGAGGUGGUUGUUGAGGUGGCAGUGGUUGUUAAGGUAGUUGUUGAGGUUGAAGUGGUGGUGGUUGAGGUGGAGAUGGAGGUGGUUGUUGAGGUUGAGGUGGUGGUUCUUGUUGAGGAGCAGAUGGUAGUGGUUGUUGAGGUUGAGGUGGCGGUGGUUGUUAAGGUCGAGGUUGAGAUUAUUGUUGAGGUGGAGUUGGCGGUGGUUGUUGAAGUAGUUGUUGAGGUGGAGGUGGAGGUUGUUCUUGAGGUGCAGAUGGUAGCGGUUUUUUAG